AUCAUACACUGGAGAGCUCACAGCUGAGUCGUCCCCUGUACAGGCGCCAUAUAUGUAGUGGUCACCAGGCAGACUUAUAAGGACUUGGUCUCCAGAAACAUGGCCGUCACUAAGUCGCACUUGGGACAUUUCCUUUAUAUCUGUAGAUAGCAUUUCCUUCCCCAGGAGAUGUAUGUAAACCUUAACCUAAACUGUGUGUACAAUGUGGCCAUGACCAAGGGGCGUUUAGGAAGUGGUUCUCCUCCUCCUCCAGGUACAGCCGUGAUGUCACAGCCGGCCAGGUGAGCAGGCUCCGGGUUGGUGCGGAGCAGCCUCCAAGCCUCAUUCCUGAGGAGGAGAAGUAAGAAGAGCAGGCGCCGCUAUCAAUAUGGUGGCCGCCCACCUCUCCCGCCGUCUUCCCCUGGUUGCUGUGUGCCUGUGGCUGGGCCUGUGUGCGGUGGACGCGGUACCAGAGCAGGGCGUCUGGAGUGUCCCGAUCUGUAAUGGCAUCGUCUUGUCUUGGCACCCUUUCUCAGGCUAGUAGAAGUCUGUAUCUGAACCAAAUGGGAAAAAUUGUAGGCUGACAAGCUGGGCCAACAGAGCUCUACGUAAUAAAACAUCAGCAUCAGCUGCAGUAGAUACAGGACGCACAUAUACACAGUCAUGAGGACAAGCCUCUCCUAUUCAGAAAGAUAUUGUUUAACAAUACAAAAAUACAUCUGAAACUUGAAAAAGUAGAAUGCACAGGUUCUAUGAAGAUUACUGUGGAUUGGUCUCUGAAAUAUCAUAAGUGUUAUAAUGAAUUUACUACCUUUGAAGAACUGCAAAUGAGUUACCAGAAUGUUUUUUCUGAGAAGGAGAACUCUAAAACGUUUGAUUGUACAAAGGACAUCCAAAUCAUCUAUCUGCCUAAUGAAAAGCUUUACCCUUCACAGCAAACUCAGACUCAGAAACUCAGUCCUUCCAAUUCAAAGCCACAUGAUAUUGCGUCCCAAACUCAUAAAGAUGGACCCUUUGUGUUUGCAGUCCAGGUAUCUUCAGAACCAAAGGAUUCAAAAUGGAGUUUAACAGUGUCUACCACAAUGGAAGGCCCUCAUGGGUAUAUCUCUGCUUCAGAAUGGUCAUUGAUGAUAUUCUACAUGGUGAUGUGCAUUAUGUACAUUUUGCUUGGACUUAUGUGGUUUAUCUGGUCUGCCUGCUAUUGGAAGGACUUGUUAAGAAUCCAGUUUUGGAUCUCAGCAGUUAUUUUCCUAGGAAUGCUGGAGAAAGCAGUGUUUUAUGCUGAAUAUCAGAAUAUUAACAGCACCGGAGUGUCCUCUCCCGGUCUGCUGAUAUUUGCAGAGUUAGUUUCUGCUGUUAAAAGAACACUGGCUCGGUUAUUAGUGACCAUUGUCAGCUUGGGAUAUGGUAUAAUAAAACCACGGUUAGGAGCUGUCAUGCAUCGUGUGGUUGGAAUUGGCAUUCUCUAUCUGAUAUUUGCCACUGUUGAAGGAGUUAUGAGGGUCAUUGGGACAAAAGAAUCAGAUUUGGUGUUGCUGGCAAGUAUCCCACUGGCUCUUUUGGACUCAGCGUUGUGCUGGUGGAUAUUUGUAAGUCUGGCACAAACCAUGAAGACCCUAAAGUUAAGGAAAAAUGUGGUGAAAUAUUCUCUAUAUAGACAUUUUACAAACACCUUGAUUUUUGCUAUAUUAGCUUCUGUAAUCUUUAUGGCUUGGACAACUAAAAAGUUUAGAUUGACAGAAUGCCCAUCUGACUGGAUGGAGCUCUGGGUAGAUGAUGCCUUCUGGAGGUUCCUGUUCUCCGUUGUAUUAUUGGUUAUCAUGUUUCUGUGGAGACCAUCUGCAAACAACCAAAGGUAUGCAUUCACUCCCCUCAUGGAUGACUCGGAUGAUGAAGUAGAAGAAUUCCUUGUAACGGAUCACUUAGCCGAAGGCAUGAAGCUUAGAGGAAAGACUGAGGCUAAUGGAAUGGCUAAGCCUAAUGCUUCUAAUGCUGAUGAAGAUUUAAAGUGGGUGGAAGAAAAUAUCCCAUCUUCUUUUGCUGACGUAGCACUUCCAGUAUUAUUGGACUCUGAUGAGGAGAUUAUGAUGACCAAAUAUGAAAUGUCUAAAACGGAGUGACAUCCUGAAAGAUUACUUCUCAUCUCUGAACUGUGAACUGCUCCACCAUGGCGCCUGCAUUGGUAGAGACUACUUCUGUGUUGAAGAAUUUAAAGAGUAAACUAAUGUACGGUGUGUUAAUACUAUCCGAUUAUAAGAGACUUUUCUUAUUAAUACCGUUACCUAAAAAAAAUUCUGUUCCAAGAGAGGAUUAUUUGACAGAAAGGCAAAUGUGAAGAAGCGUCGUCCUCACAAAUAUUUUUUUUUUCUUCAUUUCCAUGAAAAUUGUGAUUUUUUUUUUAAUUUUAUUUUUUUAUUGAUAACAAAUACUCAGUCUUGACGUGUGAACUAUACACGUGUUAUACACUAUUUUGUAUGUUUAGGUAUCUUCAGACAUGACAUACUAUGUUGCUCCUGUCAUGAGACUUGUGUGUGUUCUUUGUACUGCAAAUAGUUACUGCCUGGUGUUAAGAUACAAAUUCCCAUGAUCCAUUUAAGACACUUUUUAAAGCAUUUCUUCUAUUCUGUAGUACCAUUACGCACGUGGACUUUUCCAUAUUUAUUUCUUUGCUUGCUUACAUCUUAAUUUAUGAUUUGUUCGUAUUCUUUGCCUUAAAAAAGAAGCACAUUUGUGGGCACGUGGCAAAAGUUUUUCAAGCGAGGACCGAGGGAGGGACCUUCUCUUCUAAUACGCAUACAUUUUUGUGAUGCACAUUGCUUAUUUAUAAUUAUGCAGAGAGAUUCAGUAUAUAUUAAGCAUAAAAAGGUAAAAUCCCACACUAAUUGUUUUUCAGCACCUUUCUUUUCAUAGAGAAUAUUAUGUGAAUAAAUAAAAUUUUGUGUGAAUAAUUUUGCAGCAUUUAUGAACUAGAUGUCUGCAUCCUCCCCCUUGCUUUGCAAUGUUACCAGCUGCUUUUAUUCUUACAAAAGCAAUAAUUACAUUUCCUUUUUUUUUUCUUUCUUUUAUGUUUACACAAUUUGUAUGCAGGAUUUUAAUUUGUAAACGUGAAUAUUAUCAAUGAAGGAUUUUUUUUUUUUUUUUUUUUUGUGCUGUGGUUUCUUAUUCAGUAUUUUACAAUAAACUCCAAAAUAAGAUCCUUUGUAUUAUAGAAUUUAGUCAUUUUAAAAUCCCUUUUGAUGCCCCCAAUAAGACUUAAAAUUGUAGUGGCCAUCUAAAUUGCUGCUACUAUUUCAGAGUUUUAUAGUAUGGUUUCCAGACAGAUAUAAAAGAACAAAUGGAGAAAAUGCAAGUUGUGUUUUUGUUCCCAAUUUUUUUUUUUUCUCUUUUCAUGAUAAUAAAAUCACAAUGGCUGUUUUGUUUACAGAGAAUUUCCAAGGUGCCUGAACUGGAGUUAUUUUGUACGCUGUAAUAGCAAUGUUUGGUUUGCUUAGGUAGGUGUACUUACAUGCAGAUAUGAGACAAGCACCAGCUUCAGGCUCUUCAUUCAAAGUGGGAAACUUCUAAACCAAAUAGUGGUUUUGUUUUACUUUUUAAAUUUUUUUUUCUCUAAAUGUAAUGGACUGUAUUUAGAUACGGUUUUGCUAGGGAAAAUUAUAGUUAAAUUCUUAUAGAAAUUGCAACGGGAAAAGGAGAGGGAGGGCACUCAUAGGAGCAAUAUCACCUUGACAUAUAUAUGAAGCGGUCCUCAGCGACCUCUGACAGUCUGUCCUGCGGGGUGCACAUACAAUAGUGUGAAGUAUACGUUAUAAAUAACAAAGAGAAGCAUACAUGCACUC